GGAAACCCCUGGACCAUGAAGGGGUUAGGAGAUAACAGAAGCCGCCACCUCUCCGAUAACCUGGACUCCCCUCAAGACUCUCUUUAUGCUGCCCAAGACAGGAACCCUUACCUCCUCAGUCCCACUGACUCCUACCCCGUGGAUCCCCGGUUUCCAGCCCAGAAUUCCCUCCAUAGUGACUGUCUCCUCCCACUCAACAACCAGAUUUCCAACAGCAGCACUUUCCCCCGUAUCCAUUACAACUCCCACUUCGAAGUCCCGGACGAGAACCCCUUCCCAAGCCAUGCCCAAGCCACUAAGAUCAACCGCCUCCCCGCAAACCUCUUGGACCAAUUUGAGAAGCAGCUGCCCAUUCACCGGGACGGCUUCAGCACCCUCCAGUUCCAGAGGAGCGACGCCAAGCACCGGAGCGAGAGCCCCGGGCGCAUCCGACAUCUGGUGCACUCCGUCCAGAAGCUCUUUGCCAAGUCACAGUCCCUGGAGGGCCCCACCAAGGGCAGCGUGAAUGGCAAGAAGGGCACAGAGGACCCGAAGCAGAACCGGAGGAGCAAAAGCAAAGACCGGGCAAAGACCACCGAGACCAAACGCAGGCCCAGGUCCAACAUAUCAGGCUGGUGGAGCUCGGACGACAACUUAGAUAGCGACACCUGCAGCUAUCGCAAUCCAAUGGGCCUCAUGACCCUGGGCAGGCAACCUGACCACAGCCAGCCUAGGUACUUCAUGCACGCAUAUAACACCAUCAGUGAGCACAUGCUGAAAUCCUCCAAGAGCAAUAACGACCUCAAGGUCACCCCCUGCGCCAAUAUCCCCAUCAGCAACGAGUCCAACUACAUCAAACGGGGCUCCUGGUCCACGCUCACCCUUAGCCAUGCCCGGGAAGUGUGCCAAAAGGCCUCUGCCACCAUCGACAAAGCCCUGCUGAAAUCCAAGUCCUGCCAGCAAGACUUAGCCUAUCAUUACUUGCAGGUGCCUCAGGGAGAGUGGAACAAUACGCUGUCUCGGGACAAAGACAACGAGAUCCCGUGCCGGCGCAUGCGGAGCGGGAGCUACAUCAAAGCCAUGGGGGACGAUGACAGCGAAGAUUCAGAAACCAGCCCCAAACCGUCCCCGAAAACUGCGGCUCGGAGGCAGAGUUACCUCAAGGCCACCCAACAGUCCCUGAGUGAGCAGAGCACUGCACACAGGAGCCUGGACCGCCUGGACUCCGUCGAGAUCCUCUUACCUCCAAAGUUCCCAAGCUGGGAGGAAGAAUACAACCAGCUCACUGACAACAUGGAUGAGUCCAGCUGUAUCAGCCAGAUAUUUGGACAGUCCUCAUUUAUCCCACAGAUAUUUACACACGGAGAGCAGACAAGGGAGGCAGAGCUGAGCGACCAGUACGAGACAGUGUGUGAAUCAGCCUACAGUGAAGCCGAAUCAGCUGCUGUGGAGGUGCUAGACCUGCCUCUGCCCAGCUACUUCCGCUCCCGGAGCCACAGCUACCUCCGAGCCAUCCAGGCAGGCUGCUCCCAGGAAGAAGACACGGCCUCCAUCCGAUCCAUCUCGCCGCCUCCCGCCAGCAGCAUCAGCGGCAGCAGGACGCUCCCCAGCAACAGCAGUUCAUCAUGCCUAGUGGCAUAUAAAAAGACACCUCCCCCCGUCCCACCUCGGACCACCUCAAAGCCGUUCAUCUCUGUCACCGUGCAGAGCAGCACCGAAUCAGCCCAGGACACCUACCUGGAUAGCCAGGACCACAAGAGCGAAGUCAACAGCCAAUCGGGACUGAGUAAUUCUUCAGACAGCUUAGACAGUACCAGAACACCCAGUGUGACAAAAGGCAGCCUUGUGACUCCAGCCAGAGAUGCUCCAGAGUUACCCCAGAAAAAUGCAACCUUGAAAAGUGACAAGGGAACUCUGACAAGUGAAGAGCCUAAGGUGGAGAAUAUUCCCAAAAGGAAGCUGUCGUCUAUAGGAAUACAAGUUGACUGCCUUCAGCCAGUGGCAAAGGAGGAGCCCCCUACGCCAACCACCAAAUUCCAGUCCAUCGGGGUACAGGUAGAGGACGAGUGGCGAAACAACCACUCUCGCAGUAUGUCCUCCAAACAGGACGCCGAUUCCGAUGCACAGGAACCGAAUCACUCAAACUGUAAAUCGUCUGAGAGAAGCCUUGCUGAUUGUCCCCCGCGCUACAACUCUGUCAGUGUUGAUGCCAGUACCAGGCAGCCAGCCAAGCCCUCCCAGUUCAAGAGAAAUCUCUCCUAUGGAGAUAGCAGUGACCCAGCCCUAGAGCCUUCCUCUCUCCCUCCUCCGGACCCUUGGCUCGAGACAUCCUCCAAUUCACCAUCAGAACCAACACAACCAGGAGCCUGCAGGCGGGACGGGUACUGGUUUCUGAAACUCCUGCAGGCAGAAACAGAAAGGUUAGAAGGAUGGUGCCGUCAGAUGGACCAGGAGACCAAAGAGAACAAUCUCUCUGAAGAAGUUUUAGGAAAAGUCCUCAGCGCAGUGGGCAGUGCACAGUUACUCAUGUCCCAAAAGUUCCAGCAGUUCCGGGGCCUCUGUGAGCAAAACUUGAACCCCAAUGCCAAUCCCAGACCCACAGCCCAGGACCUAGCUGGGUUUUGGGAUCUCUUGCAGUUGUCCAUUGAAGACAUCAGCAUGAAAUUUGAUGAGCUCUACCACCUAAAGGCUAACAGCUGGCAACUGGCAGAAACACCGGAGAAGAAGGAAGAGAAGAAACCACCCCCUCCAGUGCCAAAGAAGCCAGCCAAGCCCAAAACCCCACUGAACCGGGACAAAGCCUCUGAUUCUGUGGAUAAGCAGCGCCAGGAAGCUCGCAAGCGUCUCAUGGCAGCCAAGCGGGCUGCCUCUGUCCGGCAGAAUUCUGCCACGGAGAGCGCGGACAGCAUUGAAAUCUACGUCCCUGAGGCACAGACCCGCCUUUGAGCAAAGGGGAAGAGGAAGGAAACACGUGUUUUUCUAAAUCAUUAAAGAGGAAAAAAAAAUUCUCUCUAAACUUUAGUGUGAUUUAUUCGGUCUAGAGACGCUGAGCCAACCUGACAAAGGGCUCCCAAUUCGGCUUUUUUUCUCUCAGCUUUAAGUAACGAAGAUUUUAAAAAAAUCCCACACACAACAACAAAAAUUCCCCCUCUUGUUUUCUCUCACUGGCUGCGGUGUUGCUGAACAGACUGAAAAGACUCCUGGAAGCCCCAGCCCCUCAGACUUGGAACUUCAAUCUUUUUACUUGUUCAAUCUAAUGAGAAUUAUUAGCUUGUUUACAAGAAGAGGACGACAAAAAAAAAAAAUGAAGCCUUGAGCACUUGCCAUGCUGUGUUCUUUCUCCUUCUCCUCAACUCUGUUCUUCCUUAUCCUUAGGGUUUUUUUCUUCUACCUCUUAUUCUACCUUAUCCACCCCCUCUCUCCCACUUUUUGCAUGGCUUUGUUUACUGUGUUAGAAAUAACCUCUCUUCCACAGAGCUCCCGAAGAGAACAUCUGUUCAGCGUGUACUGGUGUUGCACUCUGCUAGCUAGCAGCCUUUCUUUAUUUUUCCUUUAGUGGGGGGGAGGUGUAGGGGCGAAGGGCAGCAGGGUUCACAUAUCAAUGUAUUUGAUUGAAAAGGAAGGAGGAAAAGAUCUGUGGAAUGUAAUGCCGAGUUCUUCAUGCAGCCUGGAAGCAAACGUGUGCAAUAAGGUGGUGAUGGGGGCAGCGCUUCGUUGGCUGAUUCCAAAAGAAAGCUGGCCCCAUUCCAGGCACAGGAUGGGAGCUGGAAGGAUGAUGUGGUGGAACAAGUGUGACCCCUAUACAUAUAUACACACACUCACACUGACACUCACUCUCUCUCUCUCUCUCUCUCUCUCUCUCUCUCUCUCUCUCAUUUUGUCCCCUUCUACACAUUUUAUUUUCCUUGAGAAUCACUUGUUAAAAAAGCAGUUGCUACACAGUGGGGACCUGUUUCAAGGGGGAGGAAGGGUGUAAUGAUAGGGUAUGUCAGGGUGGAGAACUGGGUUUUCUACAAAAAGAAGGGAGGGUGGCUAAUGGCAGGCUGGCAGCCGGCCGACCUGUAUGUAUGUGUACAUAUGCACAUAUACACUUACUAGGAUCUGUAUAUUUAAUGCAUACACACAUAUACAUACCCAUACACAAGUGCAAGUGGUGUAUUAAAAGCACCUCAGUCAGAGUGGGCGUAUGUAUAGCAUAUAUUUUUACAUGUACUAUAUCUAGAUGUGUGUAAAAGUGUGUGUAAAAAUAUAUACUCCGUGUGUAAUCAGAUUAUUUUUCCUUGUAUCCCGUGCUUUUUUUGGUGAAGGGGAGGGGUUGCUAAAUAUUUUGAUCCUUUUUAGCUCCUUCUCCCCCCUCACGCCUCCUUUUCGGUUUAGCUUCUUGGAGUCGGGACUGAAUGCCAGCGUCGCGUUCUUUUCCACCCUUCCCAAAACGAACACUUGCCCCCAAAUUGAGCAAUCAUGUUGUUUGAGUGGAGAGAUCUUGUGUCAGUUUCAUGUGGGGGAAAUCCCAAAGGAACUUAAACCAGGGUGUUGGUGAUCAAAAAGGCAAAAAAAUAAAAACCUAAAUCCUAUCUAACUGAACACUGUAUACUGUGUUUAUGCAUAUAUAGUAUGACCAAUUUCUCUUCCUGCCCACCUACCAUAUAGAUCUCGUAGCCUGGAGUGAGAACCUGUGAAAGUUUGACCAUAAGCAAAGUGGCUCAAAUCCAGCAUUGGUUUUUAACUUUAUGGGUAGAAGAUGUUGACUUGCUGUUUUUUUUUUUUUUUUUUUUUUUUUUUUUUAAAUAAGGCUUUUAGAGUUUCUUAGCAUUCUAAAAUUAGGAACAUGUAGAAUGUGAAUUCAUCUUAAUCAUGUUUCCAAAGGUAUCCAGUCUGCUGGGAUACUGUCCCCAAAGCAGUUAUUUUCUGGGCUCAGUGUUGUGGGCUGUAGUCUGUUUUGCUGAGCUUCUGAAAAACCUCUUUAAACUACGUGGGGACCAUUCACACUGCCUCAGUCAAUCAUACCUGGUCCGUUGCACAAAGAGUUCCAAGCAUAUUCCCUGGGUUCUGGCCAGGCGUAGUGAAGCUGGGCACUCGUACCUGGCUGACACUACAAUGGGUUUAUGGUGGGUAAGAUACAUUGUCAGAGUGUCUCAAGCCAUGUUAGAUAAUCAGAAGCAAGUGUAUGCCUCUCUGCCAGACUUUCAUUAUAUCAGUAUCUCCUUACUUUCCUGGAGGAAUAAGGUUUAAUAAAGCAAGGACAGCUGGCUGAUAAAAAUAAAACAAAAUUCAAAACUAACCUCAGUUGAUAGCUCUGAUCUUUUCCCCCCUUUUAAAAAAAACAAACAUAUUCUUGGUUUUUGUUUUUUUAAUGAGCUUCUUAACUUCUAGGGAACAGUUGAAUUGUUUAAACGACAUGGACAUGACUUCUCUGUAAUAUCUGUAAACUGAUGCAAUAGACUGUGGGUCUGUAGACGUACUGUCUGUGUGUGAUUGUGUACUAGCAUAUUUCAGUGUUCACUUCAAUGGUUUGAAUGCAAUCUAAAUCUCCCGUUUCUCUAGCAUACCUCAUAACCCCCUGAGAGCCAGUCAACAGCUGGGGAGAUCUAAUUUGCACAUGCAAAUUAAUUUUUUUUUUUUUCCCUAAUAGGGUGACAAGGUAGCAACAGACCUACCUCCUGAUCUAGAGCACAGCCAUUGACAUUGAAAUAGGCUUCUGACAGUGAAAGGGGAUGUUCUCACCACCUAUUCCUAUAGAGGAUUAUCCUUGAAUCCAGGAAUUAAAUUUAGUUUUAGAUGUUAUGAAGAUACGAUUAAGUCUGAGGAAGGGCAUGCAAAAUCCGGCUGGCCCCUAGUCUCAAAUAAUUUUUGAUUUAUUCAAAAGGCAGCAAUGCAUCAAACCUAAUAAAUAAACUCUCUCCUUGUGCCUCCCACAGGCCUGUGCUGAUCCCUGUCAUUUUGACUAUAAACGCUGGGAGGCAGGAAACCUUGUUUCAUCUUGGGACUCGUUCUGGUCCAUUCAAUGCAGAAAUAGUUCAGUUUCAGGUGUCCUUACCACUUGACCAGUCUCAUUUUCCCCAGUCAGCCACAGAAUGGAAAGUAGAUAUAACCUCUGUUCUCAAGGUAGUGGGAAAAGAGGAAAGAUUGUUCCCAGCCUCUAGUUUAAGAUCAGCUGCCUAAUAUAGUGUUAGUAAUUUGGGGUGGGAGAGGGAGUAAUGCUGAGUAUUUUUCCCUUUCACAGACAGAUUACUGAAAACAAGGAGCUCUGAGGAAACAGUCACAACUGAAGUGAUUGGAAUUACAGGAAAUCUAUAGUGGUUAGGAAAAUCCUAAACCCAAAGCCUAUUUCUUGAAACUGUGCUUUAAAAAGGUUUCUCUAGCUAUAAUUAUCUAAUACUAUGUGGAUGUGAUUUUUUUUUUUUAAAUUAUACAUGCAGUGCUACAAUUAACAUGAUCUUGAGUUGUGCGAAACUUCCCUCAAUGAUCUAGCCUCCUUUACUUCACUUUAGCUCCAUGGCAGAAGUAAGAAACUGUCUAGGCCCAUGUUUGUUAAUCUUCCUUUUGGUUUUUGUUUUUUAAAUGUGACUCUAAUUCCACAGGAAGCCUUGAAAGUUGAAGCCUUGUACCUAGACUGACGCCCAACACUUUGUAAUGUGAACCUUGCUGCCAUUAUAGACUAGUAAAAAGAUGGCACCUUGUUGGUGCCCUUCUGC